CCCUGCCGACGUGGCGGGGCGGGACCCGCCCGGCGCUCCCGCGCGCACUCGCCAGCCUGAGCGUAUCAGUUCAACACCAUCGAGCUGACUUCUGGGGUAUUUCUGAAGGAAUGGCUUCGUGUUGUUGGUUGAAUGUAGAGCAACUGCAGAGAAGAGAGGUUUUGUUGCUGAAAUUUUCCUAGAAUUGAGAUAAUAAAAAAAUGUCUGAUGAUGCCGGUGACACGUUAGCCACUGGAGACAAAGCAGAAGUUACCGAGAUGCCAGACAAUGAUUCUUUACCCAAGGAUGCAGAGGUGCACUGUGAUUCGGCGAUGGUUUCAAAUGAGCCAACCCUGGCGGACCCCGGAGGGGAGCAGCAUGAAAAUGCAGCCACUCAGGGUGCAGACACUGCUGACACGGGGCACCCUGAGCAGCCCAGAGACGCCAGUGCUCUGGAGCCUCCGCUCAACGGAGAAGCAACUGAGGAUGUGGUUGCCAAAUGCGUUGACGCAGUCAGCCUCGAGGCAGAACUUGGAUCCGAAAUACCCCUGAAAGAGCAGGAUAAUCCGGCUGUGGAUCCCCCUCCACGCGGAGGGGCGUGGACAGGCUGGGGCUCCUGGGGCAAGUCUCUGCUCUCAUCUGCAUCUGCCACAGUAGGUCAUGGAUUGACAGCAGUCAAGGAAAAAGCAGGGGCCACUCUACGGAUUCAUACUGGGAAUUCCAGCUCUUCUGAAGGGGUCCAGCCUGACCCCGAAAAUGGUACCUCUCAAACGGAUGCAGCCGCAGCUCAGAGCCCGGCAGAAGGCCCACCCACUUCUCCUUCAUCGGGGUCUCGGGGCAUGCUGUCAGCCAUCACCAGCGUGGUUCACAACACAGGUAAAAGUGUCCUAACAGGCGGGCUUGACGCUUUGGAAUUCAUCGGCAAGAAAACCAUGACUGUCCUUGCGGAAAGCGACCCGGGCUUCAGGCGGACCAAGACGCUCAUGGAGAGAACUGUUUCCUUAUCCCAGAUGUUACGGGAGGCCAAGGAGAAGGAGAAGCAGAGACUGGCGCAGCAGCUCACAGCCGAGAGGACUGCACACUACGGUAUGCUGUUUGACGAGUAUCAAGGUUUGUCACACCUGGAAGCUCUGGAAAUUCUAUCCAAUGAAAGUGAAAGCAAGGUUCAGUCAUUUCUAGCAUCAUUAGAGGGAGAGAAGCUGGAACUCAUAAAAAAUGACCUAAUUUCCAUUAAAGACAUCUUUGCGGCCAAAGAGUUAGAGAACGAAGAGAAUCAAGAAGAGCAAGGCUCAGAAGAAAAGGGAGGGGAGUUUGCUAGCAUGCUUACGGAGCUUCUCUUUGAAUUACAUGUUGCGGCCACGCCUGACAAACUCAAUAAGGCCAUGAAAAAAGCUCAUGACUGGGUGGAAGAUGAUCAAACCAUCGCGCCGGUAGAUGUGGCAGAAGAGUCAGAGGAGAAAACUAAGACGGAAGAAAAGGAAGAGAAACCUGAAAACCCCGAAGAAGACAGAAAGGAAGACAGGAGAACUCAGGCAGUGGAGGAAGUAUACAUGCUGUCCAUUGAAAGUCUGGCAGAAGUCACAGCACGCUGUAUCGAGCAGCUUCAUAAAGUAGCAGAAUUAAUUCUUCAUGGACAAGAAGAGGAAAAACCAGCUCAGGACCAAGCAAAAGUGCUGAUAAAAUUAACUACUGCAAUGUGCAAUGAAGUAGCUUCCUUAUCAAAGAAGUUUACAAAUACCUUAACCACUGUUGGGAGCGACAAGAAGGCCGAGGUCCUUAACCCCAUGAUCAAUAGUGUAUUGUUAGAGGGCUGCAAUAGCACGACAUACAUCCAGGAUGCUUUCCAGCUGCUGCUGCCUGUUCUGCAGGUUUCCCAUCUCCAGACCAGUUGCUCAGAAGCACAGCCGUGACCUGGCCGGACUGCAUCCAGUCAGAGGCAACAGCAGGCCACGUCCCUUUGAUAUGUUUAUCAUUGAAGGUGAUGUUUUCUACCCAUCUGGCCACAGACACCCAUUUGAGGACACUACAAGCAAUUUUGCACAGACAGUAUUGAGAAUGCAAGCUUAAAGAGACUAUCACUUCUCUUAAUGUAUAUGGUUAUUUUUUACAAAUAAUUGUGUUUUUCUUGAUGUUAAUUUAAACAUACACAGCUUUGUAUUGAUAAUUUUCUUUAAUCUGAAAUUCAUCACAAAUACUCACUGCCGUUUUCCUGGUCAAGCAUGCUAUAUUUAGAAAUUCAUGGGCAGACCUUAAACUUUUUUUAAUCCUUUAAAUUUCCACUUUCAAAUUUUCUAUUUGUAUAAUAUUACUUUAAAUCAACUCUUACACUGAACUUAGUUUUGUUACGUAAAUGUCAUGGACAAAGAUAACACUACUUAUAGAUGUAGUUAAAAGGGAACAUAAGUAUCUCUUUAGAGCCAUUCCUUCUUGAAACAAGCAUUUAUUGAGUUCCUAUUGUAUGCUCACAGUAGAGGAACAUGAUCUUACCCCAAUAAAGACAGACAUCCUGAGAGAGGGUUUAUAAUUAUUCUUAAACUGUGUUAAAAGACUAAUAGAUUUUCUAAACCUUAAAAAUUUUGAAGAAAAAGGUAAAUUUAUGGUUUUAAAAGUGUUCUACCCUUCAAGUUAAUUGUAUUUUUUCACUCUUUCUGAAUUUUUUUAUCCCAAACUUUGUAUAUGGAGUAAAAAUAUAUAUGAAAGGUGGUACUACCAAGUAUUUAGUUUAAAAUUGACUUCUUAUGACCAUAAAUACAUGAUAGCAUAAUUAUAAAUCUUGGAUGUAUUCAAGUAGAAAAUGAAAGGGAUUUGAACACAGUAGACCCCUAGGACUGCAUUUUUAAAUCUACCAUAGUUGAGUCAGGCUGUUUUAUGAAUACGCAGAUCUUACUCGCCAGUAGUAAAUACUGUCAUUGCUCUUGAGGGGCAGAAAAUGCUGAUGUGUGGGUUGACUGACUGGUCUAUUGGUCCGUGAGAGGCUGCAGAGAAGAGCCUGCAGCCAGGAGAGGCAUUGCCGGUGGGCACUUGUCUUCCUGAACUCCAUACGCGGUUCUGGGAGGGGCGCUGUGUCACGCUUCUACUUCAGACGUCCCUACAGGCACUGUCAGGGUGUCUUGCCCAGUGGCUUUCUCCAGGGCAAAUAAAGCCUAUACGUUCCCAAGUGUGGAAAAUCCCUCCUUUGCAUUUGCUUUCAUUCCCCUGACAGAGCAGACUGCCUUUGUUCCAUACAGGCAUUUCAUUUGUCUAUGUUUUGUAUUUCAUUUGUGUAUCUCCUGAAACGGCCAAAUAGAAAACAUCAAAACAAUUUAUUUACAACCUGGGAAAACACUAUUCAAGGAACCAAUUAAAGAUGACUUUUUUUUUUUACUUGCUUUUUGAUUGCCUGAAAUAGGCCUGUUAUUAAAUCUAGAAAACAAUUAGCUAAUGAAAAUAUUGUUCUACCUCUUUAUAAAUUUUAGACUUUUUAUGUAUGGAGCAGAGAGGAAAGGACUUUUACAAUUUCUUCACAUCAGAUUUUUUAGCAUCAGACAGAUUUAUAGACAUUCACUGGAAAUGUAAAAGAAACAAAUCAUUUCAAAGAAGCUAGAUUCCCAGAAUUAGACUUUAAGCCUAACUGCAUCCAUUUAGUGCAUAGGAAAAUUUUAUUCAUAAAGUAAAAUAGAAACCUGUAGAAGAAUAAGAGAGAUAAUUAUUCUUUUAGAAGUGGGUGACAUCAUUUACGUUGCAUUUUCAUGUCUUUUAAUAGAAUAUUGAAAGUUGCGAGGUGAAGAUAGAAGCUGAGAGAUGAUUCCCGGAGCCUAGCUUCAUGGUCUGUGAACUAUAUUAUUUAAAAGAGAACACUCAGUCACUAUAUAUCCACCCUCCAGGAUUGCUCUCUUUCAAUACUGUUUUCUACCAUCACUUUAAAUAAUUGCUUCUUCGCUUUGCUUUAAAAGCUGGCAAAGCACAGGAUCCCAAUCUGGGCAAAAUGUCAAUCAGUUUGCUGAAUGAAUGAUUUAGCAGGCUUACUUUGAAAGCUUUCUAUUCCUUCAAUAAUCCUGUACAUAAAUUGGGUUCAUUUCACUCUGUGCAAUUACCCUGAACAAGCGUGCCAGAUUUUUCUUACAUCAAGUGCAAAAUGAAUUCCAGUCUAAAUAAUGAAUGUAGUUCUGUGCCUGUGCCUUAUUAAAUAAAAAGCAUCAAAAGCCUAUUUCGAAUUCGAACCAAAACAUCCAAGGAAAAUUCCUUUGGGUUAUUGAUACACACACUGCUAACCGGCAACAUUGAGUUCCAGAUCUGAAAGUAGGGGCCCAGUUUUCAAUAUCUUCUCCGCCUAAGAGCAGAUGCCUCUCUUUUCUCUGGGUCUCACACUGGGCUGCACAUCAGGUUAAAUGAGUGGUGUGAGGAGCCCGGGGCAGUGGCAGGACUGAGCUGUUCCUUCUCCCAACUAAGGAACCAUUGGCCUCAGUAGCAGAGCUCACAGGGCAUGAAAGAAGCCCCAGCCUUGGACAGCCUGAAGGAAAGUGCUGAGUACAGGGUAGUUGUCUGAGUCCAGAAAUGAGAGCAUUUCUGUCUUUGUAGGAGUCAGCUGCCCCAGGUGCUCGCAUGUCUGGAAAGUCACCUUCUACAGGGCCGCCACGCUCGCUCGCUCAAGCUGGAAACAAAAGCAGACAGGUUGCAAUCACAGUCAUUCCAGAAGUCCAAAACAUACUGAGUCUUAGGGAAGUAAUUUGGCAAAAAAGUGAAAUAUACUUAUUUCUCUUCUUCCCUAA